AUGACUUUGUGUAGAGACACUUUCAAGUUCAUCUGUGAAUACUCGAGAAUAGAACCGUUGCCUCAGUUUGGUGACAUCUCCAGCCUGCGUGUUACUUUUCGUGUAUCUGAUAUUAAAUGGUUACCAACCUUUCUAAAAAACUUCCCAAAGUUGAAGUCACUUAUCUUGAUAUGGAAUACUAACUCUAAGAAGAUGAAUUCCAAAGAGCUGCUUCGAUUCAAUUAUUCCGCUGUGCAAGAGUGUUUGUUGCCGUCGCUUGAGUAUGUUGAUCUCAAAACCAGCUUCUCAGGACAUGAUGCAGAACUGAAGCUAGUAAUGCACUUACUAACGAAUUCAACAAAUCUCAAGAAACUGACCGUACGUUUGAAUUACUAUUGUACAAAUGAAAAGUACCUCGUCAAGACUCUCCUGAAAAUCCCAAGACGCUCUACCUCAUGCAAAGUCGUCAUAUAUUGA